AACAUGGCGAACAGUGUCAACUCGGGAACCGUCGUGAACAUAACGUGAAAUAAUGAAUUUUGUUGUUUUAGAAUAUGGGUGAAUAUGUGCAAUAAUUUAUUAAACAUUAAUGUGUAAAGUGUUGUGUUUUGAAUAUAUCUGUGUAUUUUAAGUGUAAAAAUGGCAUCGGAUAAGAUUAAAGUUGCUGUUCGGGUACGACCCUUCAAUAGGCGAGAAUUGGAGUUGGGGACACAAUGCGUCGUGGAAAUGGAGGAGCAGCAGACUGUUCUGCAGUAUCCUCAGUCAGCACACGACAAAGAAAGAAAACAACCAAAGACGUUCGCGUUCGACCACUGUUUCUACUCCCUCGAUUCGGCGCUGCCCAACUUCGCGUCGCAGAAGACGGUGUUUGAAUGUCUCGGCCGGGACAUCCUAGACAAUGCAUUCGACGGUUACAACGCCUGUAUAUUUGCAUACGGACAGACAGGCUCAGGCAAAUCGUACACGAUGAUGGGCGCGCCGGGCGCCGACGAGGGCGGCAUCAUCCCGCGCCUUUGCGACGCACUCUUCGAGAGGAUAGCCAGACAACAGUCACCGCCCGCACUCACAUAUAAGGUGGAGGUGUCGUAUAUGGAGAUCUACAACGAGCGUGUACACGACCUACUGGACCCGGAGACGACACGUCGCUCGCUGCGCGUGCGCGAACAUGCUGUUCUCGGACCAUAUGUAGAUGGUCUCUCACAGCUUGCCGUCACCUCAUUUCAGGACAUCGACAACUUGAUGACGGAAGGCAACAAAUCACGUACCGUCGCAGCUACCAACAUGAACAGCGAGUCAUCGCGGUCUCACGCCGUGUUCAGCGUAGUCCUAACGCAGACGCUGACGGACGCGGCGACCGGCGUGUCGGGCGAAAAAGUCGCCCGUCUGUCGCUCGUGGACCUGGCAGGUUCAGAGCGCGCGGUCAAGACGGGUGCAGUCGGCGACAGACUUAAAGAGGGAUCUAAUAUUAAUAAAUCCCUAACAACGCUCGGUUUGGUGAUAUCAAAGUUAGCGGACCAAUCGUCGGGCAAGACCAACCGCGAUAAGUUCGUACCUUACAGAGACUCCGUGCUUACCUGGCUACUCAAGGAUAACCUGGGCGGCAACAGCAAGACUGUUAUGGUGGCGACGGUGUCCCCCGCGGCUGAUAAUUACGAGGAGACAUUGUCGACGCUGCGGUACGCAGACCGCGCUAAGCGUAUCGUCAACCACGCCGUCGUCAACGAGGACCCUAACGCACGCAUCAUACGUGAGCUGCGCCAGGAAGUCGAGGCGCUUAAGGAGAUGCUCAAACACGCUACGGGUUCACCUGUGGGCGAGGAUGUGCAUGAACAGUUGGCUCAAAGCGAACAUUUGAUGAAGGAAAUGUCGCGCACGUGGGAGGAGAAGCUAGUCGAAACAGGUCGUAUCCAAAGCGAGCGACAACACGCGCUGGAGAAGAUGGGCAUCAGCGUGCAGGCGAGUGGCAUCAAAGUGGAGAAGAACAAGUACUACCUCGUCAAUCUCAACGCAGACCCCUCGCUCAACGAACUACUCGUAUAUUAUUUGAAAGAGCGCACGCUGGUGGGCGCGGACCGGUCUGCGGACAUCCAGCUAUCGGGGCUGGGCAUCCAGCCGCAGCACUGCGAGCUGGCGCUGGAGGGCGGCGCGCUGCUCAUGCUGCCCCGCGCCGGCGCUCGCUGCUUCCUCAACGGAGCCCCGGUCGCCGCCCCCGCGCGCCUCGGACACGGCGACCGCAUCCUCUGGGGCAAUCACCACUUCUUCAGGGUCAACUGUCCUAAAGACACAGCUGCGGCAGCAUCAGAGCCUCAGACGCCUGCGCAGCAGAUAGACUACAACUUCGCACGAGACGAGAUCAUGCUGAACGAACUUAGCAACGAUCCCAUACAGACCGCCAUCUCGCGCCUCGAGCGACAGCACGAGGAGGACAAACAAGUGGCACUGGAGAAACAGAGACAGGAAUACGAGCGUCAGUUCCAACAGCUCAGAAACAUUUUGUCACCGACAACGCCGUACCCGCCCUACUCUUACGACCCACUAAAACUUGGCAAGAUGAGCGCGUGCACGCCGACGACGGCGGCGCGCGUGGAGCGCUGGGCGGCGGAGCGCGACGACACGUUCCGGCGCUCGCUGGGCCGCCUGAAGGCCGACAUCCUGCGCGCCAACGCGCUCGUGCAGGAGGCCAACUUCCUCGCGGAGGAGAUGCGCCGCCACACGCGCUUCGGCGUCACGCUGCAGAUCCCGCCGCAGAACCUCUCGCCCAACCGCAAGCGUGGGGCGUUCGUAUCGGAGCCGGCUAUAAUGGUGCGUCGCGGCGCGCGCGGCGGACAGGUGUGGUCUAUGGAGAAGCUCGACAACAAGCUCGUGGACAUGCGCGACAUGUACGACGACUGGCGGCGUCGCCAGCAGCGCGGCGAGCAGCAACCCGAAGAGGAAACGACCGAUAAAGCUUUGGAUCCAUUCUACGAGUCUCAAGAGAACCACAACCUGAUUGGUGUUGCCAACGUGUUCCUGGAGGCGCUGUUCCAUGACGUCACCCUCGACUACCACACGCCCAUCAUCAGCCAGCAGGGGGAGGUGGCGGGCAGGCUGCAGGUGGAAAUAAGCAGAGUGGCGGGACAGUUUCCUCAAGACAGGAUUUGUGAGGCUGCCUCAGAUAGCUCGGGUGACAUGCGUGACGAAGACGAGCUUAUCGACCAAGCAUCGCAGCAGGUGACGAUCCGUGUAAGCGUGAAGCAGGCGACAGGGCUGCCGCCGUCGCUGUCGCACUUCGUGUUCUGUCAGUACUCGGUGUGGGGCGGCGGCGACCCGGUGGUGGUGCCGCCCCUGGUGCCCGACGCGCCGCCCUCGCCGCGCGCCGGCCCCGCCCACGCCAGCCACCUCACGGUGCGCUUCGACCACAAGCGGGACUUCAAGCUGCCCCUCACUGAGGAGUUUGUGGAACAUUGUGCAGAGGGCGCGUUAUCAAUCGAGGUGUGGGGUCACCGGUCCGCGGGGUUCAGCCGCGCGCGCGGCAGCUGGGAUGUGGAGCAGCGCCAGCUGGCUAAGGCGCGCUCGCUGGCCGACCGCUGGGCGGAGCUCACGCGCAAGAUACAGCUCUGGGUAGAGAUACACGAACUCAACGACAACGGAGAGUACGCCCCAGUUGAGGUGACGCAGCGCAGCGACAUGGUGACUGGCGGCGUGUACCAGCUGCGGCAGGGCCAGCAGCGGCGCGUGGCGGUGCGCGUGCGGCCGGCGCACAACUCCGGCACGCUGCCCAUCAUCUGCCAGCACAUCGUCAGCGUCGAGCUCGGCUCCGUCACCGUCAGAUCUCGUUUACAAAAGCCCCUAGACUCUUACCAGGAGGAGGAUCUAGCAGUGUUAAGAGAGCGAUGGAGCGAGGCGCUCGCGCGGCGCCGCCAGCACCUGCACGCACAGCUACAGAAAUUGGUGAACAUGUCACCGUCAAUGAAGAGCGAACGCGAUAUGGAGAGGGAGCAGUCUCUCGUGGAGCAGUGGGUGUCGCUAACGGAGGAAAGGAACGCGGUGCUGGUGCCGAGCCCCGGCAGCCCCAUCCCGGGCGCGCCGGCCGCCUGGAGCCCCCCCUCCGGCAUGGAGCAACACAUACCUGUUCUCUUUUUGGACUUGAACGCGGACGACCUGAGCACGCACCCGUCGGGCGAGGAGGUGACGGUGGCGGGGCUGAACUCCAUCCUGCCGAAGGAGCACGGCCACCGCUUCUACGAGCUGCACCUCCUGCACCACCACGACAAGGACGUGGCCGCCGUCGCCUCCUGGGACUCCUCCAUACACGACUCGCAGUACCUCAACAGGAUCACUGAACCCAACGAACGCGUGUACCUGAUCCUGAAGACGACGGUGCGGCUGUCGCACCCCGCGCCCAUGGACCUGGUGCUGCGCAAGCGCCUCGCACUCAACAUAUACAAGAGACAGAGCCUCACUGACAGGAUACGGAAGAAAAUUGUUAGGACGGACCAGCUGACGCAGACGGGCGUGACGUACGAGGUGGUGUCCAACAUCCCGAAGGCGUCGGAGGAGCUGGAGGAGCGCGAGAGCCUCGCGCAGAUCGCCGCCACCGGGGAGGAGGCCAGCGCCGCAGACGGAGAGACAUAUAUAGAGAAGUACACUCGCGGCGUGAGCGCGGUGGAAAGCAUCCUGACGCUGGACCGGCUGCGGCAGAGCGUGGCCGUGCGCGAGCUGGAGCAGGCGCGCGGGCACACCCUCACCAUGCGCAAGACCGCCUCCGUGCCCAACUUCUCACAGUUAGUUCGGCGCACGUUCCCUUGGCUCCUGCGAGACGCAAGUCCCGAGCUCGCGGCGCGCGGCGCAAGUCGCCUUCACAUUGACAUCUGCGGAGGCGACCUGUCGCAGGCGCUGGAGGGCAGCGCGCGCGCCGCCGGCAACAUAAUGCGUUUGGAUUCAUCUCUGGAGUCGCUGUCCGGUCUGGGCAGCGCGCGGUCCGGCAGCGUGGCCGACCUGGCGGUGGAGCCGCCGCGCAGACAUCGCCACUCGUACGCCGCGCCCUCGCACGCGCACGACGCAGACCCUUGCACACCACCUAAAACCUUCGGACUAGCCCGGCCAACCUUCCUAAACUUGAAUUUGAACCUGAACUCACUGCGACUACAAACUCCGAACAAGUCGUCUCCGGCGAGCGGCAAGUUGGCGCAGCGUAUGACGACGCUGCACGAGGAGCCCGGCCGACGCAACGACGACGACUCGCACUCCGAGCCUGAGUCCGCGCCCAACGACGAACUAUCCACACCUCGCUCAUACCGCACACGCGGUCGCGGCUCGUCGCGUGGCUUCCUGCCCACUUCAAAGACGCUGGACUCGCUGCACGAGCUGGCCUGCGAGCGCGCGCCCAAUAAAAACUCGCCUUCUUUAUCCUCCAGCGGAUAUGGUUCGCAAGCGGUAUCAUCAACAAAUCUAACGAACGACGACACCCUCUCGAUCCGCAGCAUGUCGGUCGACGACACACCGGACUUCGACAAAACGAUGGACUACACACAAUUCACUCGCACCAAAUCCUCUGUGCUCGGCCUAAAGAACGAGAUCUCAGAACUUAGGAACGAUAUCACUGAACUCAAGAACGAUAUAGUCGAAUCAAAGAACGAAUUGAACGAUUCGACGUUCGAGAAAGCAAAGACUCCGGCUCUGACUCCGGUACUAACACCGGGAUCGCGGAAUCGCAUCAAUCCCUUCCUCAGAGACUGUGAGGUCGCACAGGAGGCGCAAACAGAACAGCUGGUGGAUCCGUUGGGCGCUAUUCCGGUGGAAACACAUCCCAUAUCAACUAGUCCCACUUCUAAGACUAUUGAAACUACACGAGUAAAUGGCGAAUCUACACACAACGAUACACAAACUUCCUAUGGUGAGGCUGAGGGUGAGGGGGAGGCGGAGUCGACGAGCUCGGAGCCAUCGAGCCAUGGGGAGGGUAGCGGGGAAGGUAGCGGGGAGGGCAGCGAAGCAGGUAGCGCAGAGGGGAGCGCGGAGGCGUCCUCAGUCGGCGACAGCGACUCAGCCGGACCGGACGCACCUAUCUCCACGCAGUUGCCUGCUGGAAAAGUGGUGCGGCGGCGCGCAGGCGGCAGUGCGCGUGCGGCGGCGCGCGCCUCGUACCCAGCAGCGCGGCCGCGCUCCGCCGCAGAGCCCGCGGCCAGCGCGCGCGCGCUCGACGACACGCCCGCCUCCUCCACGGAGCGCAUCGGAGACGAGGAGUGUAUGGAGAGCGGCAAGACGUACGUGGCGCCGGAGUGGAUGUCGCUGGGCGAGAGCGUGCAGCUGCGGCUGAGCGCGGGCACGGGCGUGGUCGCCUACGUGGGGCCCACGCACUUCGCACACGGGUUAUGGGUGGGCGUUGAGCUUGACGCGCCUAUUGGUAAGAACGAUGGGUCCGUGGGCGGCACGCGGUACUUCUCGUGCCGCGCGCGACACGGCAUCUUCGUGCGGCCCGACAAGCUGGCGCAGGACCGGCGCGGCCGCAGCGCGCGCGCCUUCCGCGACGCCGAGCUGCGCCGCGCGCACACCAAGGUUGAGAAUGUAAACAACCUGCAUCGAUCGCGGAGUCGCGGCGACAGCAUAAACGUGGUUGGAAAGACGCGGAGUAAAUAAACACCAGACAGCAGUCGGCAGUCGGUAGUCAGCAUUCGGAAGUCGGCAUUCAGAAGUCGGCAGUCUGCAGUCAGCAACGUCACCACUGACAUUACACUCCAUAUCCCUCCAGAACAUCCCCCCUACUUUAUUUGCACACUUUACGCGUUAUGGUGCUUUAUUAUAUUAUCCCAAUUCAAUUUUACAUGAGAUUUUAUAUGCGAAAGAAAAUCGACGUAAUUGUUAAUCCAGACAAAAAUACUAAAGUGAAAUUUUCUUAUAUAAAAUCUCAUGUUGAUUUACAGAAAUAGGUAACUAUUGAGUGGGCAAAGCAAUAUUGGUAUGCCUUAAUUUUAAUUUAUUUCAAUUAUGUCCGUUAAUCGAAUUUAGUUGAAGGAAACGGACCCUCUCGUGUUUGUUGAGAGUUCAAUAAGCAUACGACGGCGGCCGUUUCGUACAUUCGACACUACGUUACUACACGUGCACCAUAACAUGAUACUUGGAAACCAUUCGGCUGAAUAACUAAAAAUUCAAACUACAGUAGAAACAACAAACCUAUAAUACAUAAAAUUAAAAGACAUUGUAAGCCAUUGAAAUAUUUAAAUAAAGAAUUAGAUUAUGUGAAUUGUUUGUUUCCGUAUUUCUGCUAAAUGCGACAAAUAGAAUCAUAUUCGUGACGUCAUAGUUGACAAGUACCAUGUUUUCGUGCACGAGUAGUAAUAUCUAGUGAUGCAUUAGUUAUUUUAAUGUCGUUUCACAAUAAUUUUAUUCAUUGACAGUUAGUGAAGUAAUUGUAUAUAGAAUUGACAUUUUUUUUAAUAAUUAAAACAUGUGAUUUUUAUUAUAUUAAUUUCUAUGUAAAUAUGUGAAUCUUUGUGUGUGUGUUAAUUUUUAGAGCCAAUGAAUAGUUUUGUGAUCGGUGAUGAAAAUUUACGGUACUAUAGUGUUUUUUUACUGUAUAGUUUGUGGUUAGAUUUUACGAUAAAUUAUUUUUAACAAUAGUACUUGUAUUGUAAUGCAAUAGGUCCAUCUUUAAUACUUUAUACGACAGAAACGAAAAUGUUAUGGUUUUAAAUGAUCUCUCCUUCGUAUUAAAAAUUAUCUUCUAUACAAAUAUUAUUUUUGUUUAUUUGACUAUUAAAUAUCCUUUCGAGUCUAAUCUUGCUCAUAUUAUUUCAAAUAACUCUUGUACUUAUUUCGUUCAGACUUAAUUUAAAUUGCUCAGCUUCUGUAUUUAGUGUUAACUGCCUGUCCGAUGUGAUAGUUUCUUGCCACGGGACUAAAAGACGAUAAAAUUAUUUGUAGUGUAUUAAAGCGACGCCCGUCCCUAAAACGCUCCUUUUGAUUUGUAAUAACAAAGAAUCGUCCAAAUUCACAUCUUCGUCCUGAUAAAAGACUUGGUACUUAGUACACACGACGCAUUCGACGGUCAUACGACACACCGAAACCGCACCGGACCCGCACCGUACCCGCAACGGUCCCGCAGCCCGGCGCAAGUGACAAGCGCGCGCGGUAAUUACAUGGACCAUUUCAAAUCAACAUUACUGCCUAAUUUUACUGCCUGCUCAAUAUUUCUUUAAAAUAUUUUCUAUCGUACUUAAAAUUCAUGAAUAUCGCUUGUUACUUGCGCUCCGAAUUUAUAUCGAUUAGGUUGUGUAGAAGUUUUGAGAUGUAAAAUAAAAUAUAUACAAAAAAAAAUGUUUGUAGUUCGUGUUCAGGCACGGUGUAUAUUGAAUACAUCAUUUGUAUCGAUCUUGUCCUCGUCUUUCCAUCCACAUUCGAACAAUAAAGCGGUGAAACUGUACACUACGAAGGUCGCGGAGCCGCGACGGCUAGCGGCUAGCGGCUAGCGGCCGGUACCCGCAGCCGCAGCCUAGCUCACCUAAUGUAUAUUCCAUCCUCUUAGUCAAGUAAUCGUAUCUAAGUACAUUAAAUGAGUACACACGAAUAGAUAAAACGCCUCUUUAUCUAAUAUUUGUAAGUUCACUCGAGCGUUCAUCUUAGCCCGCCACUUGCCUACAUUGUACACUAUAUUGUAUAUUAACAUAUUAAUUGUAAGGCAUUUCUCGACUUUGAAGUUUCACUAAAUUAUAUAUCAGAUUGUAAACGCACUCGAGGUUUUAACUCGUUCGUUAUUUCGCAAGCUUCACGACUUUACACGACAUUACACGACAUCGCGUGCUUCGACUUUGGUACUUAAACAUUCCAUUGUAUUUGUUUUUUUAAUAUCUCGCAUUUGUAACGAACAGACAUUCGAUAGAAAUAAUUUUCGAUCGUAAGUUAGAUUUUUAUAGACGAUAUUUGGUAAUUGCAUUCGUUUUUUGCAUUUUAAAUAUAUUGAAUUGAUAACUAUAUCGUUGUUAAGCCGGCCUCUAGGACUCGACGAGUAAAGCUCAAAGUGUAGUCGAAAGUGAAAUAUAAUUGAAGUAUUGAAAAUUAUCAAAAAUAAAAGUAGAAUGUGUCUUUGAAAUUCUUGAUGUGCUUUUGUCCAGUAGCUAUAGUGAGGACACGCGACACUGAACCGACAAACUGGCAACACCAUACUUUGACAAAGAAAAAACAAAAAUCUCAUAUAAACAGCUUUUACAGCCUUUUUAUUGUAAUUUUAAAACAAAAAGACUAUGGUUCAAAAAAUGUUAGCUGAGCAGCAGGUUUAUGUAUCUUGGGCAUUAUGUUUUUUUUUUUCUAAAAACAAGUAAGUUUUUUUGGUUUUACUUGAAUUAAUGCGGUGUUGAUAGUUUGUUAGUUCAGCAGAAGGCUGGUUCGUGGCGGAAUAAGCACUAGGGCUCCUAGGUUUAGGCAAAUAGUGACCUUAAAGCAGCCUCUCGUAGCUCCUAAUUUUUAUUUUUAGAAAUUAAGCUGAACAUGUGCUGUGCUUUCGUUUUAAAAUGUUUAGUUCUUUAGGUAAAUGAAAUUAUUUGUUUUAUUAUAUAAUUUUAUAAUCGUGUAGUUGUAUUAUUGUACGUUUAUAUUUAUUGCAGUCAAUUCAACUUAAAUGAGCUUACCUGUGCGUAUUUUAGUUUUAACCUAAUUCCAUGUUUAUUUGAAUGAAUUGUUAUUGAUUUGCCCGUUUUUUUAACUGUGCAAAUAAAUUUGAAUCACAAAAUGUAUGUAUUUUUAAUUAUUUAAUGUGAUAGCGAACCUAGAAUAGGCAGCUACUUUGUAGCUAUAGAUGGUUGGAACUUCAUUAUUGUAAACAUAAGCAUGAAUAAAGAGAUUU